CUGUACGCACGUGUACCUAAUUUUGUCACCUUCCAUGUCCUUUCAUCGUGAGCUGUUCAUGCUCUUCAGUUUUGAUUUGGUAGUAUCAAGGUAAAUAAUCUCCUUAAGUUUUGUUUUCUUUAAUUCCCAAUGCUGACUGGCGCAGCCCAUUUGUCAUGAUUAGGCUUACAUGGCACUAUGAUAAUGACAAACAGUGGAAUGAAUAUUCAUUAGUUGUUUGCCAUCCCCUGGGACUUUCUCCAAAUAUACACUAAAUAGUCAAAUGGAAAAAGGUGGCUUAUACAUUAUUCCAGUCAAAGUUUGAUUUCAUUUGGAACUGCUGUGUUACUUUGAGUAAUUCAAAGAUGUAACUAACCAUACACCAUACUGCCUCUUUGUGUUGGUAAACUUUGGACUGCUGCAUCCUUCAAAACGUUUUCUUUCUCGAUGGAAUUGGCCAAGGUUAUUCCCCACGUUUUGUAUUUUCUUUUGUAGCUGGAGCUCAAUUGAAAGAACUUGAUUAUACUUUUACUUUCUAAUGCAUUGCAUUUGCUGCAAAGCUUCUCUCAACGCUCCACUGAGGAUUUGAAGUGGAAAAUAACGUCAGGGUCAACUGGAGCCCAUUACGGCUGAUGUCAUGCAAGAAGUAUGGUGCCCACUGGAUAGAUCGCCAAUCGUGGGAUGUUCAACUCCCUUUUAGAAACGGAAUGAGGAUCACCGCAGGAGGGGUGGAAUAAAACAAAACAAAGGAGGAGAGAGAAAGACCCCGAGAGAUAGACGGACAUAUUAAGUAUUGCGGGGAAGAAGGGUUGACUGAUACCUGCCCUGCGGCUCAGUGAAGGGCAUAGAUUGAAAGCGUGACAGGUGGGGCAUGAAAACAGGCAAAGCUGCAGAAAGAAUGACGACAGCUGGAAAGCAAGUCCUGCCUCACAGCAAAUCUUGCUCCAAUUAGGACAUCUCGCUACGAGACAAGAUGAUUACGAGAAAUCUGCUCCUACUGGUUUCCAUCUGCCUGUGGGACGGGCUGUUGGGAUGGGCCUCGGCCAGCAAGGUUCUGCGGAUCAGAGGAGUAGCUGGCUCGCAUAUGAUGAAAAUUGAGGAGAACAGAGCUUCGGAUCAUUGGGAAGGAAGCAUGGAUGCAAAUGGAAUGCCUGUGGUGACUCAUAGAAAUUUGAUAAAUCAUGCACAGCCAGGUGACACUGGAGCGCUUUCUCACGCCAAAGCGCCGGCCAAUCACGGCGCUCCAUCUGCUGUCAUCAAGGAGAGGCUAACUCUCAAGCCCAAGUAUGAGGUCCAAUCUGUCAACAAGAAGGAUUUGAGUCAGGAUUUGAAGAAAAUCAAGAACAAUACCAAGAAUGUUGAGACCAAAAUAGGAAAAGCACAAAUGGCAUCAUUGCAUCAUAAGCUUGACUUGCAUUCGAAUAAAACUCGCAGUAGAUUAGGUUCAAAGGGCAAAAGCAGAGCCGAUUUGAGUGUUUAUUCAACAGGUGUGCCCGUAAAGGGACUCAACGUUGAAGCAAACCGAAAACUCAACCUCAGUGGAAGUUAUGAGGUUUUGAAAGUGCUGUCCAAAGAGAACCUUGUGAGGAUAGUCAAUUCCCAAAUGCAGAAUCUUCCCAUUCUGACCUUUCCAAGCAAGGGGAGCCGGAGCAGGAAAAGAGAUUUGAUUGACGUUAAUCACAGACAGUUUGAGGCGUUGAAAAUGUCAAGACAAGAUACAUCCAUCACUCAGUCACAUGCUGGAUUUGAUAAUCAGACCGCAUUUCCCAAUCCGAAUCCGGUCAGCACUCCAGAUCUUAAUCGGGACCAGAGUUCUGACACUCGUAAUAAUCCCAAAGUGAGUUCCCCAGGUUUAAGUAAAGGCCAAGACAUUUUGGAGCUACAAGUUUCAGAUGGUGGCGAUAGCAGGAAAAAACAUGCUCUAUUAACGGCAACACUUGUUGAAAAAGUCAAUCCCAUCUUGGACAAAGAUGUAGCCAUCAACCAAACGGAAUCCCCUCUUCAAUUGAGGAAAUAUUUUCCCUCGGAAAGAAAUAGCUCCACUCCGUCUGUGCUGACAACGCAACCCCAGGGACUACGACCUGGGAACGCAACGGCAGAUUCCCACAGAGACUUAUUAACAGAGUCAGUUCAUACUGCUCAAACAAAGCUCAGCUCAGCUCACUACUCAGUAGAUGAAGACAGAAAAGUUGUCAACAGCAGCCAUGUCCUGAGGCUUCACCCAGCUCCGGAAUGGAGCCGCUCAGCUAAAGGUGCUGGGGAGCAGGCGCCCGAUCCGGACGACAGUGGCCUCGUGUUUGAAGAAGCGGAGUCUGGGGACGAGGCUGCCGAGCCUUCGGAAGAAAACAGGUCACGCUCUCGCAGCAGGAGAAGUUGGAUUUGGAAUCAGUUCUUUGUGAUUGAAGAAUACGCUGGACCUGAACCUGUGCUCAUUGGCCGGCUCCACACUGACAUGGACCGGAAUGACGGCCGCACUAAGUAUGUCCUACGUGGCGAGGGGGCUGGCUCUGUCUUUGUGAUCGAUGAGAAGACAGGUAACAUCCACGUCACCAAGCCACUGGACCGCGAGGAGAAGGAUGAGUACCGUCUCAUUGCCACGGCUACCGACAGACAGACGGACCGUCCCCUAGAGCCCUCGUCGCAAUUCAUAAUUCGGGUGCAGGACAUCAACGACAACCCGCCUGUCUUUGACGAAGGGCCCUACAGCGCCACUGUGCCUGAGAUGGCAAAUAUAGGCACUUCCAUAAUCCAGGUGACAGCGACAGAUGCUGAUGACCCGACUUAUGGGAACAGUGCCAGACUAGUGUACACACUGGUGCAGGGCCAGCAGUACUUCUCUGUUGAUCCACAGACAGGUAUUCUGCGCACAGCUGUUCCUGACAUGGACAGGGAAACCCAGGACCAGUACCUUGUGGUUCUCCAAGCCAAAGACAUGGGAGGCCACUUGGGAGGAUUAUCUGGUACCACCACCAUCACGGUUACCCUCUCUGAUGUCAACGACAACCCUCCGCGCUUCACCCAGAGUAUGUGGUCCUUCUCUGUCUCGGAGCUAGCCAUCCCAGGUGCUGAAAUAGGACGUAUCUCAGCAAGCGACGCUGACCUUGGCGAAAACGCCAAGUUGGAGUAUACGAUCUUGGAGGGGGAGACGGGUGACACGUUCAACAUCACAGGAGUCAACCAAGAGGCCAUCCUCAUACUAAACAAGGCCGUCGACUACGAAAGCCGCAGUUCCUACUCUUUCUCUGUGGAGGUUCUCAAUCCCACCGUGGACCCUCGCUUUUUGCGUCGAGGAUCUAUUAAAGACAGAGCUUCAAUCAGAGUCGCGGUGCUGGAUGCGGACGAACCGCCAAGGUUCUCCAGGUCACGCUACCACAUGGACGUUUCGGAAAACUGCCCUCCAGCCUGCACUGUGGGCCGAGUCAGUGCUGUUGACCCAGACACCGGUCUGACUAAUAACAUCAGGUUCUCUAUUGAUCCUCAGUCCGAUCCAGAGGCUCUCUUUCGCAUCACCCCAGACUCCGGCCUCAUCACCACAGCCAUGGAACUCGACCGGGAACGUGAGCACUGGCACAACAUAUCUAUCAUUGCCACCCAGAGAGACAACCCCAGCCAGGUGUCCCGGGUUCCGGUUGCAAUCGAGACAUUGGACCUGAAUGACAAUGCUCCGGAGCUGGACAGACAGUACACGACGGCCAUGUGUGACUCAUCGACCAUUGGAAAGGUGGUGCAGGUGUUGCGGGCGAUUGAUAGAGAUGAAGGCGGGAAUGACAGCACUGUGUAUUUCAGCAUCCCUCCGGAGUCCAGCGCAGCCCUCAACUUCAGUGUCAGGGACAGUGGUGGUACCACAGCAAGUUUGGUCCUGCUGUCUCAGCUGCAGCCACUGUCCCGUUCCCCGUCUUCCACCAUAACACUUUAUGUGCCACUGGUUCUAAGAGAUGGGACAUCAGGUCUCACCAGCACCGGCACUGUCACGGUGUCUGUCUGUCCCUGCCUGAGAGGAGGGGCAAAGACUCGAGAGAGGGAAAAGGACAAACAGGCUGAAGGUGAAUGGGACUGGGAAAAAGAAACCGUUUGUCUCCCCCAGCACUCCACGUCGCCUUCGCCUGGCCUCAGCACUGCAGCUCUGCUGGCCAUAUUGGCAUGCGUUGCAACGCUAUUGGCAGUGAGUGCCCUGUCAUUGUCAUUGAGGCGUCAGAAGCAUGACUCGCUGUCACCACUGGAGGAUGAUGACGUCCGUGAGAACAUCAUCACCUAUGACGACGAGGGCGGCGGCGAGGCUGACACGGCCGCCUUUGAUAUUGCCGCGCUCCAGAGCGCCCCCCACAGUUCACGCUCACGAGGCUAUCGCACACUGGACAGCAGGAACGUACGUUACAGCCAACGUGGCCAGGAUAAAAGUCGCACCUGCAGCUGGGCUCAGAAUCCAGUUGUUGAACACAACUACUCCGGUCCGGGAGGACCCUUUUACGGUCGCCUCUGCUACAGCAGCCACACCUUGCCAGUUCUACGCCGCACACCGGGCGAAACAUUUGAACCGGGUCUGGCAGAGCUCGGAUACCGCUUUCCCGGAGGCCAACCGGACCACUCAUUGGUCAUCCAAAACCAAGGUGCCAUGGUUGGCCCAAUAGAGUCAGGUGCCGUGUACAUAACCCCCACAGAUGUCAGCACGGGAAGCCGAACAGGAAGUCAUGCGGGCAGCCGCGAUGGCACCGCAACCCAAAGCGGGGUGAGCACAUCGGAUGAAGGAACACCACGGACUAGUGACAGCCAGGAGAAACGGCGAGGGAUGGGAACAUCCAGCAACUGCACUGAGGACAGCAGUGAAGACAAAGUCAACCACGGUCAUGACAUGGACUGGGUGCAGUCGGAGACACUACCGAGGGAGCAUAACCUGGUCCUGACACGAUCCGGCUCCAUGAUUGGCCAGGGUCAUGGGGUAGGAGGCUGGGUGUGCGAUUCGGCCACCCUCCCCGCGGCGGGGCGCAAGGCUUCCCGUGCCGGUCUGUCUUCAAAAGGUCCUGAGUUUGAAUGCAACGGAGGGAACGGAAAUGGAAGUGGUCCACCCUCCGCUGACGGACAACAGAAAGCUACCAAUGUUCGCAAUUACGCCAGCGUUUUGCAGGCGGAGGUACGCAGGCAGAAGGAGUCCCCCGGCGGUCUGGAGCGAGGAGGACGAGAGAUGGGGAGCAACUUUGUCGUGGCAAGGCCCGAAAGAGAAGCUGGUGGCAUAUCACUGACUGGCAGUCCACCUGUCUACCCAGAAUCGCCUGGUCUGAUUGGAGACUGGCGAGAUCGGGUGACUUUGGGUGGCUAUGUUGUGGCAAGAAUGGAUAUGACCCCGCAGCUAUUGCCCUUCCCUGGUCAGCCUCGAGGAGCUUAUGGAGGAGUGCUGGGCAUUGGCCCUGGUUGGGUUCCAGGUAUUGAGGCGGCCAGAGCAACACCAGGGACUGGAGGUCCCCCUUUGGCUCUGAGAGUGGGUGAAUUCUUACGCCUGCGUCUCGCCCAGGUCACCUUCGACCCUUCGCAACCACCGUAUGACUCCGUGCAGAUCUACGGCCUGGAGGGUACCGGGUCCCGAGCUGGAUCCCUGAGCUCGCUUGAGAGCGAAGGAGAGAAGGAUGCGGAUAAGGAGGACUGGGGUGCCGGAAUGGAGGAGUGGGGGCCCCAGUUCCACAAGUUAGCUCAACUCUUCCGAGACCGAGAGAAAGAGAGCGAAGAAAAGGAAAGAGUUGAAGACAGUCCCAAGGAGGAGCCAGAUAAAAGAGAGGGGGAAAGGAAGAAGAGAGGGAUCGAUAUGAAGGGGAAAACCGAGGAGUGAUAAAAAAGAGGGGUACAAGGGAGGGAAGAGAAUGAUGAAAAGACUACCACGACUAGACUCAUGUGAAGAGAAGUUAAAGGGGAGAAAGAUGAAGAGGCAAAGUAAUAAAAAGAGACAGAGAAAAAUGAGCCCAGGGAGGGUGAAGAAAGCCAGGCAAGGAGAGCGAGUGAUUGAUGUAAUUUAAAGCAAUAAGUGUUGUGAAGCACUGAUAUGGUCCAGCACAGACAAUGCAGAGGAUGCUUCUGCUGGCUGGCUGGCUGGCGGGCUGGCGGCGCCAACUAUUUCUUCAAAUUUAGGACAAAGAAAAGCAACCCGGAUAAACAAUACACAAUUGAAUCCGGACAAACAAGAGGAAACACGGAUUGUCGUUUAAAUGUGUGUUUAGGUCGGUGACAAAGUAGGAAUAACCUUGUGAUGGUCUUCUGAGCAUACCUAUGUGUGAUUCUACAAAAUAACUGGAAGAUGAUGAUGAAAGAAAAAUAAUAUACAGUGAUACCUUGACUUCAAACGUUUACGUUCUGUGACCGCGAAUCAACGGAAAGGCCAAUCAUUUGUUCCGCUACCCCAGAAACUUCCAUCAAAAUAUUUCCAUUGGAAAAAUAGUACUGGAGAGCAGGGGUCACCAAUCUUUUGGAAACUAACACUUGGCUCCUGAUUAGUAUGAAGGACUACACCAAUUAUAUCUGUUAUAUACAUUUUUCUGAACACACUGAUCA